AUGACCUCGUUGUCCAUGACCUUUUCCCUCAAGAACACCUUAGCCUCUAGUGUUCCAAGCACAUCCCUUCAAGUCAAGUUUUUCCUGAAGUACCUGAUCAAGUGGCUCAAACAACGUCCUCCUCUAUUGCUCAUGUGCCUCAAAAGAUCCAACAAGCUCUUCAAUCGAGUGCAUGGUCUAAUAAGAGAGAUAUUAGGGAAAAGAGAGGAGCUGAUUUACUUGAGAGAUGAAGAAGGGGGUACUCCCUUUCAUUAUGCAGCUUACACUGGUUAUGUUGGUGGAUUUCGUAUAUUGUUACAAAAUUUAUCAGAGAAAUCAAACCAAAGUCUCUUAGAACGGAACAAGAAGGGCAAUUUUCCCAUUCAUGUUGCUUGCAAAAGGGGUCAUCUUGGGGUGGUUGAAGAAUUCCUUCGACAUGAAUUGCCCAUUAAUCCUUAUGUUCUGCUCAAUCAAAAAGGUCAAAAUAUUCUUCAUACUGCAGCGAAGAAUGGAAAAACUGAAGUGGUGCAACACCUAUUGCAAAAUCAGAAGAUCGAUCAGUGUGCUAUAAAUCAUAGAGAUAAUGAUGGAAACACGCCAUUGCAUUUGGCUUCCAUAAAUUUAUUUCCAAAAGUUCUGUAUUUUAUAGCACAAGACAAGAGGAUUAACGUGAAUAUCACCAAUAACCACGAUUUAACAGCUCGAGAUAUUGUUCAAUUGGAAUUUAAUACUCAGAAGACUGUUCGAAAGCUUCUAGCCAAUUCGGCUUUGAUCGAAGCUGGCGUAUCCUUGAAGUUAAAUUCCAUGUUGCGUCUUCAACGCCAACAAUCACCCAAAAGGGAUUUGCUUUUAAAAGAUCCCAACACAUUCUUAGUUGUGGCCACUUUGAUUCUCACUCUUACAUUUACAGCUUUUUUUAGUGUUCCAGGAGGUCUAUACAGUUCUGAUGACCCAAAUUCAAAAAAAACAGGGAUGGCUGUUCUGGAUCAUAAACCAGGUUUCUGGAUUUUCAGCAUCUAUAAUACAAUAGCCAUGUUUAGUUCUACAGCUGCAUGUAUACUGAUGUUGGUGGCUCAAACUUUUGACUCUGAAUUGGCACGUAAGGCAACUUUGAUCGCAACAGUGUGUUUGUAUAAUUCCUUUUCAGUAUUGCCAACUGUAUUUUUGGUUGCUUUAAGUCUAGUUCUAGAUAAUUAUUCACUCCGAUCGAUUUUAGUUAUUAUAGGUCUAGUAUGCAGUUUAUUGUUGAUCCCUAUUUGCGUAUUUGGAUUUAGUCUUCUUCUACUUAAUCCUACUGGGGGACGUGCUCUUAGGAGUUUUAUUGCAUUACUACAUUACGACAAUAAGCCAGAGGAUUCCUCUUAUCAGAAAGAGAUCAAGGACAACGAGAAGUUUGUGUAA